UGCAAGCCAUGCAAUGCAACACACAGCUCACGUGUCGUAGCACGUGCUCAAACCCAUCCAUCGCCUGACUUCCUCCUCUUCCUCUAUAUUACUACUUCGCCUAAUUCUAAACAACCACCGUCUGUGGCGGCGAUAAUCGACUCAUAAAAAUGAUCGCUGCUUCAUGGGUUGCUCUAAUUUUCCUCUUAUGUGAACUGUUUUUGAGUUCUGUGGUUCAUUCCAUUUAUGGUUUGUAUAUUUUUACCUCCGCCGUAGCCGGCGAUGUUUCAGAAGCGCUCAAUUUCAGCUUGAGAAACUUCAAAUUGGUCAAUUUUGAGCCAAAAACAGUGCCACCGUCGAGCAAUUUUGAGCAGCAUCUUCCACCAAUCGUCUUGGUCCAUGGAAUCUUUGGGUUUGGAAAAGGGAGAUUGGGAAGCUUAUCGUAUUUUGCCGGAGCUGAGAACAAAGACGAACGGGUUCUAGUCCCUGAUUUGGGAUCCUUAACCAGCAUUUACGACAGGGCUCGUGAAUUGUUCUUCUAUUUGAAAGGUGGGCUUGUCGAUUACGGUGAAGAACACAGCAGAGAUUGUGGGCACUCGCGAUUCGGCCGGCUGUAUGAACAAGGGCAGUACCCUGAAUGGGACGAGGAUCAUCCUGUUCACUUCGUGGGGCAUUCGGCCGGAGCUCAGGUUGCUCGUCUGCUCCAACAGAUGCUCGCCGACAAGGCAUUCGAGGGCCACCGCAACACUUCGGAGAAUUGGGUUUUGAGCAUUACGGCCUUGUCUGGGGCGUUCAAUGGAACUACGAGAACUUAUUUGGAUGGAAUGCAACCAGAAGAUGGGGAAACCAUGAAACCUAUAAGUCUGCUACAGCUGUGUCGAGUUGGGGUAAUAGCUUACGACUGGUUGGACAUAGGGUGGUUGAAAAAGUAUUACAACUUCGGAUUCGAUCACUUCAACAUGUCGUGGAAGAAGAAGGGUGUUUUGGGUCUGAUGAAAUGUGCGUUGGGAAAAGAAGGUCCGUUUGCUUAUGGAGAUUGGAUUCUGCCUGAUCUUACAAUCCAAGGAUCGAUGCGAUUGAACAGCCGCCUGCAGACCUUCAAUACCACAUACUAUUUCAGCUACGCUACGAAGGCGCCUGCAAGAAGGAUCUUUGGAAUCCACCCCCUGCUUUCUAUCAGAGCUUUGCAAAUGAGCCGGUGGCGCUUUCCGUCUGACCUCUCGCCGCCGUAUAAAGGCUAUCGGGAUGAGGAUUGGCACGACAAUGAUGGAGCUUUAAACACAAUAUCCAUGACUCACCCACGUUUUCCAAUUGAAAAUCCAAGCCAUUUUGUUCAUAAUCGAUCUCAAUCUCAGUCUUGGGAACCUGGCAUCUGGUACUACAAGAUUGUAGAGGCAGAUCACAUAUCAUUCAUCAUUAAUCGAGAGCGAGCAGGAGCUCAAUUCGAUCUGAUAUACAACGAGAUUUUUGAGCGAUGUAGAAAACAUGUAUUUAGAAGAAACAACUGAUCCUGCCAAACCAAGAACACUGAAAUGCAAUCGUAAAAGAGAAUCAACACAAUUUUUUACUUUCUU